CACCCAGCACCCUCUGUCCAUCACCCAUAAAGAGCCAGCCCAGCCUCACCACUCCUGAGCGAGCUGGAGAGAUGAGACCACCACGCCAGCUCCCCCUAAUGGGGCUGCUAUUCUUUUCUCUUAUUCCAAGUCAACUAUGCCAGAUCUGUAAGGUAAAUAAAACAGACUUCAGGUGUCUAGAACCUCUGAUAAACAUGAUGUUAAAGGCAAACUACACCAAAGGGAUCCAAAAUGCCAACGUCCUGUUGACCCUCAGACUUGUUGGGAUUAAGAAUCAAAGCCUAGAACAACAGCUGAGUCAACAAAUCAAAGAAGACAUAAAUAGCAAAGAGAUGGAGUUAACCUCAGGACAGCUUGCCUUGGGUAUUCUGGCUUUGGGAGCAUGUGAAAAUCCGGAUGAAGAGUUUAUACAUGGUGAUCAUCCGGUUAGCAAACUUGGAGACAAAUUCCAAGCAGAAAUUCAGAAUAUGGAAACACACGAUGGCAACCCACUGACUAACUAUUACCAGCUCAGUCUGGCCCUGUUGGCCUUGUGUCUGUUCAAUGGGAGCUAUUCAAUCACCAGUGUUACUUAUUACUUCACUCCUGAAAAUAAGAACUAUUAUUUUGGGGACCAGUUCUCAGUAGAUACUGGAGCGAUGGCCGUUCUUGCUCUAACCUGCGUGCAGAGGAAUAAAACACAAAGGAAAAUGGAAGCAAGUACAGAGGAUAAAAUCAAUAAUUAUACAGCAACACUGGCAAAGAAGAUCCAGUCUGAGGGAAAACAGGGUCUCUUCGGAAACAUAUUUAGCACGGGAGAAGCUAUGCAGGCUCUCUUUGUCUCAUCGGACUAUUACAAAAGUAAAACAAAUUGUCAAGAAACUCUACGCACAGUAUUUUACAACAUUUCUCAGAAUGCAUUUUCCCUGCCGAUUGCUGCAGCCCAGAUCUUACCUGCCUUGAUGGGAAAGACCUAUUUGGAUGUCACCAACACUUCUUGCAGCCACAAUCCAGCAACCUUGAAUAUCUCAGUCAAAUACUCUGUGCGAAUCAACCAGACAAGUCACACCGAAGUCACCGUGAGAAAGGGUUCUGUCUUCCUCGACGUCAUGAAGGCCGCUCAGGAGAAAAAUGAGACUCUGUUUCGCUUCACAGUGGAGGAGACCUCGUGGGGCCCCUACGUCACCUCUGUCCAGGGCAUAAGGGCCAGCAGUAGUGACAGAACCUACUGGCAACUUCUGAGCAAUGGCCAGCCACUGAGCCAAGGAGCUGGGAGUUAUGUUGUCCAAAAUGGAGACAAUUUGGAGAUUCUCUUCUUUCCUCCCCCGACCAGCAGCCCUGCUUUACAGUCAGGGGCUGAGCGCUCCUCCUGCCCACUGCUUCGGGCACUGAUCGUCGACUCUCAGAUCCACCCCUGCCCUGGUCUUCAUGAACCAGCGUGAACGCGGUCUUCUCAGCUGCAGAGCGAUGGAUUCCAUCCUCUGGGGUCUGCGUCACAUCCUGAGAACUCAGUUAGAGGCAGGGGACUUCCAUGGUGCUGUGAGCAUGGGGUGCCAGCUGUCAGAUAUAUUUAUAGACUAUACAAUCUACGUGAAAUUGGAGAAUAAUGGCUUAAGAGUCUUGUUGUUGUUCAGUGACUCAGUCGUGUCUGACUCUGCGACCCCAUGGACUGCAGCACGCCAGACCUCCCUGUCCAUCACUCUCUCCUGGAGCUUGCUCAAACUCAUGUCCAUUGAGUCGGUGAUGCCAUCCAACCAUCUCAUCCUCUGUCAUCCCCUUCUCCUCGUGCCCUCAAUCUUUCCCAGCAUCACGGUCCUUUCUGUUCAAAAUCUCAGAACUGGCAUUAUUGUCCAUCAUAGUGGGACCAUACAAUUUAUCAUCCAACCACAACUCUGUUAAAAGUGAAAGUGAUAU